CAACAGAAAAAUGGGUAGUAAUUCAAAAAAGAAACAUAAAAAACAUAAGAAUAAAGAUCGUGAUCGAGAAUCAUCGAAAAAAUCAUCAUCAUCGUUAUCACAUCAUCGAAGAUCAUCAUCAAUAGAAAUGAUGACCAUACAACCACCACCACUACCACCAUCAACAUCAUCUUCAUCAAUAAUAAAUGCAGAUCUUCAUUUAUCAUAUGGUCAUGGUGAAGAUUUAGGCAAUAAUUCUAAUAAACAAUCAAUCAUUAAUAAUGAUAAUAAUGAUUUGGAACAACAACAAUUGGAAUGUGUGAAUAAUAAUAGCCAUCAUUAUUGA